CUAGGCCCCACGGCGACUCUGUGAACCCUCGUCCUCCUAAAAUUCCUUCUCCGACGUCCGUUCUUCUCAUUCCCUUCCGCUCUCUGGCCCCGCGAACUCUUCCCUGCGGUCCAAAUCUACAUACCUCAUAAUCUCGAAAUCGAAUUCCUCCAGCUCAGAGCUACAAGAGAAGGCCCUUCAUGGACUCCUUCCAGCAGCCUCACGGUUACAUGAGGCCACAGCCACCUCCGCUCCACACGCCGGAUCCCAACCACUCUCAGUUUCAUCAACAUAAUCAGAUACAACCACCGAGGCAACCGGCCCCUCCUCAAGGCCCUUGGUUCUCCAACCAAUUUCAGUACCACCCGUCUCAGACUCCUUCACCUCCACCACAGUGGGCCCCACCACCACCUCCUCCUCCUCCUCCUCCUCACCCCGACCAUUUUCCUCUGACGGGUUCGUACAUUCCCCACUCUAAUACUUAUCCCCCUCCCCCUUCCUACCAUCUCGGCCAGUUCGCUCCACCUCCGCCCCCUGCUCGCUCCCAUGUGUCUCCUCAGUUCCCUCCUUACACCCACAUUCCUCAGCAUUAUCCUCAGGAAUGGAGCACUCCUAACUGGCCUCCCAACCAAAGCUGGGAUUAUCCAGCGCAUAAGAACGAAGAAGACUGGGCUGCCAGAGCCAGAGCAUGGGCAGAUGCUAAGGCUGCCAUGGAAAGCCAGCAUCAGCAUUCGCAAUCACAAUUUUCACCUGCUGGAAGAUCACAGGAGCAAAGCCAUUAUCAUGAUCAGUAUCAACAACCUGUUGACUCACGUUAUCCUGAUAUUCAAAACCACUCUCAUCCUUCAUCUGGCUAUCCACAAUUUUCCUCUUCAGAUGCAUCCAUGCAACGCCGCCUUCCAGGACAUCAGGAGGAGCAUGCAUCUGUCAGUUCAGAGGCACCCUAUGCAUCAGAUGGACAUUUGUCAUACAAUUCUAGAGAUGGAACCACUACUGGAGAUCCAACUGUUGCGUUUCAGCACCAAGGAAACCUACCUACGAACACAUCAGUUCACCAGCAGGAGGUACCUUCUAGUUAUAGUUCUGUUGCAGGUAAUGGAACUGAUCAUCAGAGUCAGCAAUCAUACACAUCGAUGCAUUUGUCAAGUUUGUCAUCCCAGGAACAACAUCAUGUGCAGCCAUCAGUGCAAGCACCCUUUGCAUCUGGUAGCCAUUCAGUGGACCCAGCUAUCAGUCUUGCUGAUCAGCCUCUAGAUUUUACACCUAGGUUUAAUCGUGAUGGUGACCUACAAAUGCAAUCAACUUAUGGUCAUCAUGAUCCAGCUACUUCUAUCAGAGGCGUUGAUCCUGUAAGUGGAGUGCCUUCAAUCAAUAAUUGGGCUCCUCCAGUGGCACCUGGUGUUGUUUAUCCACCCAUAUCUCCAGUUCUUGCCUCAGGGCCACAGCAUGACCCUUCUAUUACCGCACCUCCUGUUCCUGGGCAUGUGGCACCGCCAUUUGGAAGGUUUCCUGGAUCUGGCCUCCCUCCUCCAAUUCCACCAGGUGCUGCACCUUUUGCCCUAAGUGCGGGAACUACAAUACAUCCCACAUCAGCUUUCUCUGUCGAUGCUUAUGGGGUCUCUGGUGUUCCAGAACGUCCUAAAAAGGCCUCAGUACCUAAUUGGCUUAGAGAGGAAAUAAAGAAAGCUGUUAUUGCUACUCCUUCUGCUGAGCACCCUAAGGAGGAAUCAAAAUUCAUGAAUGAUGGUGUUGAUAAGUCAUAUACAAAGGGUGACGAGCAAGAUAGCAAAAGCAUUGAUUCUUCUAAAUCAGCCGAGGAGGAGGAGGAAGAUGAAGAGGAUGAUGUUGAAGCUGUUCGAACUGCUGCCAUUAACCAGGAAAUAAAACGCGUGUUAACUGAAGUUCUUUUGAAGGUAACUGAUGAGCUUUUUGAUGAAAUUGCAACUAAAGUUCUUAGGGAAGAUGAUCUGACUUCUGAAGUGGCUUCAAACCAUAAGGCAUCAGCAUCCCCGCCCUCAGUUCCAGUUCAUAAGGCAUCCGCAAAGGUUCUAGUUCCAGUUAAAGUCAAAGAACCUGAACACGAUGCUGACAAUGAAAAAUCUAAUUCCAGCUCUCCAGGAGAUGUUUUAGGUCUUGGGAACUAUGCUUCUGAUGCUGAGGAUGAAGAUAAUGAAAUGGAUAGUUCGAGUGUGCUGCCUUUAAAAGAUGGUCAUCAGGCUGGCAUUAAGAAUUCAUUGAAAGAUGUGCAUGAUGUACCUACUAAUAGCAGUUCACUGUUGAAACUUGAUGAAAAUGGCAGAAGUCAAACAAAUUUGGCGAUUAAUUUGGGCAAAACUAGCAAUGGUGUGGCUAUUGCAGAGUUGCAUGACGAGAAGGUGACAAAAAAAUUAGAUCAUCUACGAGCUUCCAAGAAUGUUCCCGAAGAUAGGAAGAAUGAGCUUAAUGCUUUUGAAAGAAAGCAUGAUAGGACUAAUGGAAAGGCUACUGGUGCUGAAAAAGCAACAGAAGAUCCUCAAGUUAGGGAAAACAGAAAAAGAAUGGAAAAAGCUGAUGGACAUGGCCAGAAUUCUUCAGUGGACUUUGCUAAGGAUGUACAAAGUAGUAAGGCUAAGGUAGAUGAAAAAGUUAAUGAGGAUCAUAGAAGAAAGGAUGAAAGACAUCAGAAAAGGGAAAAAGCAGAUGGCAGCAAUGAGGUAAAAGAAAGGAGGAAGGAUGACAGUGCAAGGCAUGGGGAGAAGACUAGGGAUUCUGAGUCAAGGAAGAAGUCCUCAGUUGCAGAUGCCAAGGGAGACAACAAGGAAGCAGAAAAAAGCCGCAGAGGUAGUUCCAUGGAAGAAACUAGCCGAAGAAAGGAACAUUCAAGGGAUAAGGGGGAACACAAAUCAAGACACAAAGAGUCAAGCAAGUCUGACAGGCAUAAAAGGAAACGUUCAUCAUCAGUAAGCAGUAGAGGUAGAAGCAGCAGAGACCAGGCGGUUAAUCGCACGAGUGAGUCAAGUGAUGAAGGCUCAGAUGGCUCAAAAAGGAAGCCACAUGCCAGAAAACGAGACUUGUCACCAUCUCCUGUCAGGUCUAGAAGAAGACAAGUUUCGCGGUCUCCUCAUAGCAAGCAUUCUCAGCGCAGGCAUUCUCCCUAUUCUUCUCUUGAUACUUCCAGGGGAAGGAGAUCAAGAUCCAGAUCACCUGGUCGACGGCAUCGAUGAUUAGCCAGAAAUACCUGAAUGAAGAGGACGGAGAUGGUUGCAUCAACGAAAUUCAGAUGAAAGGACAGACAAUUGGAGGGUGUGGGCGUGAAGUCCGAAGGUCGUGUGUGAGAAAGAAUAUCAGUGAGGUUUCACGAGUAGCACGAUUUUUGUAAGUCAGAUACAUCCAUACCCCGUUAUUUUAUUGGGUUCUGCCCUUCUCAAGGGAGAAAUACAUAGUGGAAACGGUGAUAGGAAUGUCUUUUCGCUUUGGUGGCAAGGUUUUGAUGUAAAGAAAGGGAAAAAAAAUCUAUGGUCUCUAGUAUCUCCCAUCUUGUUUGCUGGAAGUCUGUUUGUAUGUAGCCAUGUCAAUGUCCUGGUUUUGGCGACAUAUGCAAUAGAGGGCAAUGAAAUUUGAUUCUGAAUGUA